AUGAGUCCGGCGAAGCUCCAGUAUCAGGCAAUCUGGUUCGAUGGUUCGCUAUGGAUGCGUCAAGAAACUCCUACGUGGCCUGUGAACGAUGAUGUUAACUUCGAACAGUUCGAAUCAGCCGUUUUAAAAGAACGUAGUGUAGUGUCAUUAGCUCUGCAAGCACAACCUCCAAGCGAAAUAUUCUCCUUAUAUCUGAUCAGUACAGAGGAGUAUGAUAAGGCUGUUAUUCAUUUAGUUCAACUGUCCCAGCAAGAAAGUUUCAGCCAGGAACUGCUGGAUUUAGCAAGAAAUGAUGAGGUUCGGGAGUCAUCAAAAAUAUGUUCGUUACGUCCAAGGUUAGUAGACGGCAUCAUGCGUAUUGGCGGCCGGCUGAGGGAUGCGCCUGUGUCAGAUAGUAGAAAACAUCCGAUGAUAAUUCACCACAAUCAUCCUCUUGCAAUGUUGAUACUCGCCCACUAUCACACGAAGCUAUACCAUGCUGGACAACAGCUACUCAUUGCGCGCGUUAGAGAACGAUACUGGCCAACGCGAAUUCGGGAUUUAGCUCGGAAAUUGAUACAUGGCUGCAUCUCGUGCUUUCGCGCAAGGCCACGACCUCUAGAUCAGUUAAUGGCGGACCUACCAGCAGAAAGAGUAACACCAGCACCACCUUUUCUUCAUGUCGGCGUGGACUACUGUGGACCGUUUUUAUUCACCUAUGCUAAUCGUCGGAGCAGCCCUAAGAAGUGUUUCGUGUCCAUAUUCGUCUGCCUAGUCACAAAAGCGGUACAUCUAGAACUGGUGCAAGAUUUGACUACAGAAGCGUUCUUAGCAGCGCUUAAGCGCUUUGUAGCCCCGCGAGGGCAUCCAACAGUCAUCCUGUGCGACAACGCGAAAAAUUUUGUGGGAGCCAAUCGAGAGCUAGAUGAACUACGAAGGCUCUUAGAAGGUCAACAGUUUCAACACGUGAUAACGAGAGAAACAGCCGUCGAACGGAUUGAAUUUAAGUUCAUCCCUGCUAGAACGCCCAACUUUGGUGGGCUAUGGGAAGCUGCCGUAAAGAGCUUCAAAACUGCAUUGAAGAAGACAGUCGGACCACGGACACUACUAUUCGACGAGUUUCAAACGGUGAUAACACAAGUAGUAGCAGUUUUGAACUCUAGACCGAUCACACCAAUAAGUAACGACCCGAACGACUUUGAAGCCUUGACUCCAGGGUAUUUUCUUGUACAACGCCCGUUGACUGCCAUAGCAGAGCCUAAUUUAGACAGUGUGCCCACAAAUCACUUGUCUUCCUGGCAAACACUAUGUUCAGAUGCUGUGGGAGAAAUGGACAACACUCUACUUAUCGGAUUUACACAAUCGGACCAAAUGGACGAGACAACGGGAUAA